UCCGUUGACGAUAGCAGAACGAUUAAUCGGAACGUUGAAAUUAUUCCGUUACUUAGCUUUCUAUUAGCGCGAUUCAUAUAUAGAAUAAUCAAUUUUCGUGAAGUUCUUUAAUCGAUGAGAUUCGUUUGUUUCCUUGAACGUGCCAGGGUGAAAUAAGGAACGAUAUUCAGAGAAAAUGAUAAAUGGAUCUUUUUAAUAGCUGAAGUAGGUGCAGAUAUGUCUUUCCGUGUGGUGCGUAGCAGCAAGUUCCGCCACGUGUACGGAACGGCUUUGAAACGUGAACAAUGUUACGAUAAUAUAAGGGUGUCCAAAUCUUCGUGGGAUUCAACCUUCUGUGCUGUGAAUCCAAAAUUCCUCGCUAUCAUUGUAGAAUCUGCAGGCGGUGGUGCUUUCAUAGUCUUGCCACACAAUAAAGUAGGUCGAAUACCAGCAGACUAUCCUUUAGUUGGUGGACAUAAAGGUCCUGUAUUAGACAUUGCAUGGUGUCCUCAUAAUGACAAUGUUAUAGCAUCUGGUUCUGAAGAUUGCGUAGUUAAAAUAUGGCAAAUACCGGAUGGUGGUAUUUCUAGGACAUUAACUGAAUCUGUGGUAGACCUUCAGCAGCACCAGCGCAGAGUCGGUCUUGUAUUAUGGCAUCCAUCUGCACUGAAUGUAUUGCUCACAGCUGGAUCAGACAAUCUUGUCUUAAUCUGGAAUGUAGGCACUGGAGAAACUAUAGUGCGAAUAGAUUGUCAUCCAGACAUGAUUUAUUCUGCAUGUUGGAACUGGGAUGGGUCUAAAGUAGUUACUACCUGUAAAGAUAAAAAAAUUCGAAUUUUGGAUCCAAGAACUGGAGAGAUACUAGAAGAAGCUAUUGCACAUGAAGGUAGUAAAGCUACACGUGCAAUAUUUCUCAGGGGAGGCUUGAUCUUUACCACAGGUUUCAGUAAAAUGUCUGAAAGGCAGUAUUCCCUGCGUGCUCCAGAUAUGUUAGGUGAACCUAUUGUUAUGGUAGAAUUGGAUACAAGUAAUGGAGUUAUGUUUCCUUUGUAUGAUCCUGACACAAAUUUAGUUUACUUGUGCGGGAAAGGUGAUUCUGUGAUUCGAUAUUUCGAAAUUACUCCUGAACCUCCCUUUGUUCAUUAUAUCAAUACGUUUCAAACUCCUGAUCCUCAACGAGGUGUAGGAAUGAUGCCAAAACGAGGCUGUGAUGUUAAUAGCUGUGAAAUAACUAGAUUUUACCGGCUCAACAACUCAGGCUUUUGCCAGGUUAUCUCUAUGACUGUACCAAGAAAGUCUGAACUAUUUCAAGAAGAUUUAUAUCCUGAUACCCCCGGCGAUACUGCUGCGAUUUCUGCUGAAGAAUGGGAAAACGGAACCGAUGCAGAUCCUAUAUUGAUCUCCUUGAGGGAUGGUUAUCAACCCUCAGUAGCCAAGAAUGAAUUGAAAGUCCAUAAGAAGUCAAACAUAUUGAGCAAAGGAGCGAAAGUUGCUUCUUCGAAUUCUGCACAAAAUGCUACACAAGCUUCAGCAGGCAUCACUGAAGAGCUUUUGAAAGAAUUUACGGAAGAAAUAAGAAAACUAAAAGCGAUGAUCGUAAAACAUGAGGGUAGGAUACGGGUGCUUGAAUCCGCGGUUGCUCUUCAGAUGAAAGAAGAUGAAAGAAAGGAGAAGUCAUCUUCACCCACUGAUAGAGAGGUGCUUGCAUCGGAUGAAGUGUAAUUUUUGGCUUAUAUUUUAAGCUUCCAAAAAUAAUACGAAAGGAGGAAAAACAUAAUUAAUUGUGAAAUAAAAAUGAUCAUAUAUUUUGAUAUAACAAUUUGUGUAAAUAGUAGGUUUUAGCUACGUUGUGUGUCUCAAUUUUUAUUGCAAUGAUUUUGCUAUUUAUUGUACAUCCAUUCAUCAUACAUCCUCUCCAUUUGUAUUAUGUUUACA